AUGGCAGCCAAUGACGAGGUAGUAAUGAACGAUCUGAUUGAUCCCACGACCAAAGCUAGCCGUAGCAUGUCGAGUGAAGGGGAGCGACUCAUGUCGCAGGACGAAGAGACAUUUAUGGAAGAUGACCAUAUCGCAAGCAGGUUCAAUCGAAGUAACAGCCUCAAGAGGAGUUUGAGGUAUUCGCUCUUCGCCAACAGUUUGCUUCUUUUUAUUGUCAUGAUGGGAACGGUCGUCUGGGUCACUGACGGCUGGCCUUUCACGUGGAAUAUGUCUUUACGAAGAAACAACCCGUACUCUCCCUGGCUCGACGAAUGGAAAUUCGAUUUCCAUGAUGAUGAAAUCAAUGGUACAAUGUGGGAUCUUGACUCUAUAUUCCGUCAGCUACCUGGUAACCCAGAAGGUGAUGCGGAAUGGGAAAGAGUCACAGCCUUGAGCUUGAUCACAUUCAAAGCUGAGCAACUGAAGAAGAUGGGACGUAAUCCACGCGAGGCUGCCAAAGUCCCUCCGGAGUGGGGUCACGGAGAUGACGAAUACGUCGCGUCCCUAGAUGUACAGCAUCUUCUACACUGUCUUUGGAGAUUGCGUGCUUACAUCUUUUUUCCUUACUACUUUGAACCAGACUUGGGCCCUGGAAGCAAUACAAUGAACAUGCCAUGGCAGCACAAGGCCCAUUGUCUGCAUUGCCUCGACGUUAUUUUGCAAGAUCUCCGAUGCAGGCCAAAUGUCGUGGUCAACACUUGGGAGUUCAUCGACGGAGCGCAGCGGCCGUUUGUCGACGUGCGGAACAAGGUGCAGUGUGUUAACCAUAAUGCCAUCCUAGACUGGCAAAAGAAGAAGACUUAUCUGUCUAUGGGGGACUAUCAAGCAUUAAGGUCACGCCCAGAUAGUGUAUUUCAGAUCAAACCUGUUGGUGUUGAUCCACAGCUUGAUAAUUUAGAGAAAGUGUGGAGUGAAUAG